AUGGCGGCGAGCCGGGUCGCUCAUUUGGUGUUCAGAGCGCGUGGCCCGCCGGGACCGCCCGCGAGCUGCGACGGCCGCCGGCAGCUCAUUGUUCAGCGGCGCGCUUUGUGGCCGCGGGUUUUUACGGCGCUAAUUAACCUGUCCGCGCUACAUAAGCGCAAAGUGGCUGGCGACUGCCUGGGCUGCCGGCUGCAAGAGUUGCGAGAGGAGCUGCGACUUUUCAAGAAGGCGCCGCCUGUCCCUGCGCCCGCCGCCCCCGUGAGGCGGCCAGCGGGGGUAGACGCCGCCACACAGACGUCCACUGACUCGCCUCCUGCAACGAUGCAGGCGGCUUCGAGCAUGGAAGUCGACGUCUGGACGCCUGCGCUGUCCACUCCCUCGGAGACAGACGUGGAAGAAGCAGCACAAUCCGAGGAAGAGAUGCCGCCGGCUUCUUCGCAAGUCGAAGAAGAGGACACCGUCGAAGAACUGCCCCUUCCGCUUCCGGACGAGCGGAGCGUGCAGCCCUUCCUGAAAAAGAUCGUGGCGUCGCUGAAGGACGGGUCGUAUCCUCAUGGGGACAACCCGUACCCCUUCACGCCGGCACACGCAAAACCAUCACUACCUCACCAACCGUGCGAUCUUCGCCACACGCGAGGCAUGUUGCGUGAGGUGGUAACGAGGAAGGAGCUAAUACUGCUCAACAGCCGCCCCAUCUUCACCCCCUCCGACUGGGAACACAUCUACCAGGUCGCAGAGAAGUGGGUGAAAGAGGAGUGGCGCUCCGGCAGGCGCGCCAUCUUCACGGAAGACCAGAAAGACAGCAGUACUGAGCUGGCCUUCAAGUACGCCGUGUACCGCAUCAACAAGGACAAGGAGCUGCUGCCCAACACGACACUCGUGUACGACAUCCAGUACGUGCCGAGGGACGACAGCUUCAGGACCUCCAAGAAAGCCUGCAAGCAGCUGGAGCACGGCGUGCAGGCCAUCUUCGGGCCGUCGGACCCGCUGCUGGGCGCCCACAUACAGUCCAUCUGCGAGGCGCUUGACGUACCGCACGUCGAGGCGCGUCUCGACUUCGAGCCCAGCUUCAAGGAGUUCUCCAUCAACCUGCACCCCUCGCAGGAGCACAUGAACCGCGCCUUCAAGGACCUCAUGGCCUUCCUCAACUGGACCAAGGUCGCCAUCAUCUACGAAGAAGACUACGCUGAUCUUGUCGGCACGAAAGGGCUGUUCAAGCUACAGGACCUGGUCAAGUCGCCUCCGGUGGUCCGUACCGAGAUGUACAUCCGGCAGGCGACGCCCACCACCUACCGGCAGGUGCUGCGCGAGAUCCGCCAGAAGGAGAUCUACAAGCUCAUCGUCGACACCAACCCCAAACACAUGUACAAGUUCUUCAGAGCGAUUCUGCAGCUCCAAAUGAACGACUUCCGAUACCACUAUAUGUUCACCACAUUCGACAUGGAGACGUUCGACCUGGAGGACUUCAAGUACAACUCGGUGAACAUCACGGCGUUCCGGCUGGUGGCGGUGGAGGACGAGCGCGUGCGCGCGGCGCUGGAGCAGAUGUCGCGCUUCGCGCCCGUCGGGCCGUCCAUCCUGCACCGCACGGGCGUGCUGCAGGCGGAGCCGGCGCUGCUGCACGACGCCGUGCACGUGUUCGCCCGCGGGCUGGCCGCGCUCGACCGCAGCCACCAGCUGCGGCCCGCCAACCUCUCCUGCGAUCUCGAGCGCCCCUGGGACGAUGGCCUCUCGCUCUACAACUACAUCAGCUCGGCUGGUCUGCACGGGCUGACGGGCCACAUCGAGUUCACGGAGGGGAAGCGCAGCAACUUCAAGCUGGACCUGCUGAAGCUGAAGCGCGAGCAGCUGCGCUCCGUCGGCUUCUGGAGCCCCGCGGGCGGCGUCAACAUCACCGACCCCAGCGCCUUCUACGAGACCAGCGUCAACAACAUCACCCUCGUCGUUAUGACCAGGGAGGAGAAGCCGUACGUGAUGGUGAAGGAGGACCACAACCUGACGGGCAACGCGCGCUACGAGGGCUUCUGCAUCGACCUGCUCAAGUGGAUCGCUGCCCAGGUCGGCUUCCACUACGCCAUCAAGCUCGUGCCCGACCACAUGUACGGCGUCUACGACCCGGACACCAGGGAGUGGAACGGCAUCGUGCGCGAACUCAUGGAGAAGCGCGCUGACUUGGCCGUAGCAUCCAUGACCAUCAACUACGCCAGGGAGAGCGUCAUCGACUUCACGAAGCCAUUCAUGAACCUCGGCAUCGGCAUCCUGUUCAAGGUCCCGACGAGCCAGCCGACGCGGCUCUUCUCCUUCAUGAACCCGCUGGCCGUCGAGAUCUGGAUCUACGUGCUGGCCGCCUACCUGCUGGUCAGCUUCACGCUGUUCGUGAUGGCGCGCUUCUCGCCCUACGAAUGGAACAACCCGCACCCCUGCCUCGCCGAGUCCGACGUGGUCGAGAACCAGUUCUCCGUUUCUAACAGCUUCUGGUUCAUCACCGGCACCUUCCUCAGGCAGGGCUCCGGACUCAACCCCAAGGUUUCGGAAAGCAUGCCGAGUCGCUUGUUCUCGUUCAUGAACCCGCUAGCGGUGGAGAUCUGGCUGUACGUGCUGGCGGCGUACGUGCUGGUCUCGCUCACCAUCUGGGUGGUGGCGCGCUUCUCGCCCUACGAGUGGUGCGUGCCGGUGUGCGCCUGCGCCGACUACCAGCACGCGACGGCCGCGCUGCUCGUCUUCCAGAACGACUUCACGCUCGCCAACAGCUUCUGGUUCACCAUCGGCACGCUCAUGCAGCAGGGCUCCGACCUCAACCCCAAGGCCACUUCGACGCGCAUCGUGGGCGGCAUCUGGUGGUUCUUCACGCUGAUCAUCAUCUCGUCGUACACGGCCAACCUGGCCGCCUUCCUCACCGUGGAGAGGAUGAUCACUCCCAUUGAGAACGCAGCGGACCUCGCCGAACAGACGGAGAUCUCGUACGGCACGCUUGAAGGCGGCUCCACCAUGACCUUCUUCAGGGACUCUAAAAUCGGUAUUUAUCAGAAGAUGUGGCGAUUCAUGGAAAGCAAGCGGCCGUCAGUACUGGUGUCCACGUACGAAGAGGGAGUGAAACGGGUAUUGGAAGGCAACUACGCUUUCCUCAUGGAGUCCACCAUGUUGGAUUACGCCGUUCAACGUGACUGCAAUCUCACGCAGAUCGGAGGCCUCCUCGACUCGAAAGGUUACGGAAUUGCCACACCUAAAGGGUCACCUUGGAGAGACAAAAUAUCACUUGCCAUCCUGGAGCUGCAAGAGAAAGGUAUAAUCCAGAUUCUGUACGACAAAUGGUGGAAAAAUACCGGAGAUGUAUGUAACAGGGAUGACAAAAGCAAGGAAUCCAAAGCCAACGCGCUAGGGAUUGAGAAUAUAGGAGGCGUAUUCGUCGUCUUGCUAUGCGGAUUGGCACUUGCUAUCCUAGUAGCCAUCCUAGAAUUCUGCUGGAAUUCGAAAAAGAAUGCGCAGACUGAUAGACAAUCCCUGUGCUCAGAAAUGGCAGAGGAGCUGCGGUUCGCAGUCCGUUGCCACGGCUCACGGCAACGUCCAGCCCUGAAGCGCUCCUGUACGCGGUGUUCUCCAGGGACAACGUACGUUCCUGCAGCUCUGGAGAUGCCGCACAUCAAUGGGGAGACAGGGAUCCUGCCUAUGAUUGAAAUGAAGAAACCAUCCCUGAGUUAUGAUCCUGAUACCUAGCAGAAUGUUCAGAGUGGAUCACAUCUCACAGACGCUUUGUGAUACCACUCAAGUGAUUAAAAACAAAGAAGCUGCUGUGAUAAUAAGUGAAAAUGUACAGUUCCCUGCUCAUUGUGGCACAUUUUUGACAUAAACUGAGUUCAAUUCAGAGAAGUGUCAGGUGUGUUUUCUGACUGAAGACUUAUAAGAACAAUAGUGCAGUGAAAAAUUGAGUACAGACUACAUUAAAUGGGUUGAAAGUCCCAUGGCCUAAGGUACUGUCUUUCGUGAAAUACAAAUAAAGUACUGUCAUGAUGUGCAGAAAACUUCCCAUCACUUCCAAUGGCAAAUGUCAUCCUCACAAAGGCAGAAAAACUAUUUUUAAUAUUAUAAUUCUGUGGUACCUACAACUCAAGCUCUGGGACUUAGAGUGAAUUAAGAAUUUUUAUUUUUAAAAAUGAAAUUAAAAGUACUUAAUUUCAGUGUCACUUGUGCCAAGAGUAAUUAAAAUGUGUCUAAUAAAACUACAAAUUUUGUCACAAAAUGUUUCAUAUUAAAAUUUCAUUACAUCUCAAGAAUUUGAAGUGAAUAUCAUUAUUUCCUCAUUUGAAUAUCAUGGAAUAACAUU